AUGACCACGACGGUGGUGCCCCACCUGCAGCCGCUGUCGCCCGUGACCAUCACACCCACUUUGUCGUCCAAGGUAUCGGAGCCACUCUCGUUCCUGUCCAAGAUCGACCGCGUCGAGAUCAAUCACACCACGGAGCGCGACGGCGUGGUGUACUACGUCCAUCGAUACCAGUAUACUUUAUUCACUUCAACGCACCUUGGUGGUCGCAUUGAGAUCACCUCGAUGCAGCAGUGUUGGGUCUAG